UUGGGCCGAAUGAUUGUCCCCCUGGAGCUGAACUACUGCCAGUGUAUGCUGGAGCUGGAGGAGUACUACGAAGUCAUAGAGCACACCACUGAGGUGCUGGAGAAGCAUAAAGACUGUGUGAAAGGGUAUUACAAGAGAGCCAAAGCUCAUGCUGCUGUGUGGGAUGAAAAGGAGGCCCGGAGAGACUUCAACAUGGUGGCCCAGCUGGACAUCACUCUGGCUUCACUUGUCCGUCGAGAGCUGAAAGACCUGUCCGAGCGCAUGAAGGAGAAGUACUGGGAGGAGAAGGAGCAGUACUGGAGCAAGCUGGAUGCGAAAGAAAAGAUAGAGGAGGACGCAGAGCCCGAUAACGAGGGCAAGGAGGAAGAAAAUGAAGUGGAAAGCAAACAAGAAGGAUCGGAAAGUCCAACAACUGCGACUAAGGACAAUGUGGUAGAAGAAAAUAGCUUGUGUCCACCUAAAUGUGCUGAGGUUGCAAAAGUGGAGCUUGAAGAAACUAGGGUUGUUCAGUCAGAGGGAGUCAAGGCUGAGGCAAGCUGCUUGACCAUCAUUCCAAACACUGGCGAGAAAGCAGAGGAGAAGGACUGGCAACAGAUGCUGCGGCUGGUUAUGUUUCUGCAAAACGAAGGAAAUGCCCAUAUUAAAGAAAAACGCUUUCAAGAAGCAUCUGUCAAGUUUGAGGAGGCUUUAGAAUACGUGGAAUCACUACAAAACAAGGUGGAUCCAGAGGGAGAGGACAGGGAAUCACUGGAGAAAGUGCGUCUUCCACUAACUCUGAACCUCAGUCAGUGCAUGCUGGAGCUCAAACAGUACCAGCGAGUAGUGGAGCUCAACAGCAAGCUUCUGAAGAGGCAUAAAGGUAACUUUAAGGCAGUGUACCAGAGGGCGCGAGCCCAUGCUUCAUUAUGCAAUGAGGAUGAAGCUCGGAGAGACUUUGCUUUGGUGGAAAAAUUGGACCCCAAGUUCAAACCUUUUGUGCGCCAGGAGCUGAAAAAGCUGUGUGAAAGCGUCCGUUCCAUGCAUGCCCACCAGAACAAGACUUACUGGGAUGCAACAAAGGAGAAGUGGGGACCUGGCGGGAGCAAGGCCCCGAGCGCAGCAAGAAAGAGGAACGUCCAACGCGCUCAGAAAGCUGCGGGAGAAAAAACUGACGAGGGUGAGAAGUGUGAAGUCAGUGAGGUUCAAGAGGAGGGCGGCUCAGAGGAGCAGCAUCCUGCUGAGAAAGAAGCACAGGGCGAGGCAGCCACCGAGAAAAAUCCCAGGGAGAAAGCAGAGCGGAGUAAUAAAGAGCCAGAUUGUGGGCGGGCGAGUGGAGAGGAGUUUGAAAAUGAAAAUUCCGAGAGGGUCGUGGCUCCUGAAGCCGGGCCAGGUGGACCAGAUAAUAGUCCAGCAGAUAAAAAUAGCGAUCCUGCGGCGCCCAGCUCAGGCAAAGAUAAUGUAGCGAGCAAGAGAUCAGUGCGUGAUAAGGGCAGAAAGAAGGUCAAAUCCCAAUCAAGUGGUGCACCGAACCCAAGCAGAACAAGUGGCAAGAACAAGGCCCCCCGGGGCAAGGCGAGUAAAAGUGGCUCCUUCAAUACCGACCAAUGA